AAAAAAAAAAAUCAGGGAUUCACUUGCAAAAUUCACACGAACCCAUUCUUCAUUCGAAGUUUGGGAAGAGACAUUGAAUGGAAUCACCGAAAAAUCCAAUCUUUUUCUUCAACUUUGGAAGGAAGGCCGCCAUGUUGUACGCUGCUACGACAACAAGAUUAAGGUAUGCGAUUUCCAAAUUUAGUGUCUUUCUGAGGUUCUUUUCUGAUUCCCAAAAACAAAAUGCGAAAAAAAAAUCUGGGUUUGAUGCUAUCGAUGAUGCCGUGGCCUUAUUCACUCGCUUGAUUACUAUGCACCCUCUUCCAUCUGUUGUAGAAUUUAACAUGAUUUUAGGGUCAAUAGUGAAGAUGAAGCAUUACCCAACUGCUAUAUCACUUUCUAAACAAAUGGGGUUGAGAGGAAUCACACCGUCCAUAGUGACUUUGAGUAUCUUGAUCAAUUGUUACUGCCACUUGGGUCACAUGGGUUUUGCUUUUUCUGUGUUGGGCAUGGUUCUCAAGAGGGGAUAUCAGCUCAAUGCCAUAACCUUGACCACAAUCAUGAAAGGGCUUUGUAUCAAUGGUGAGGUUAGGAAAGCAUUGGAAUUUCAUGACAGUGUGGUGGCACAGGGGUUUCUGUUGGAUGAAGUUACUUACGGGACCUUGAUCAAUGGGUUGUGUAAGAUAGGACUGACAAGAGAGGCCUUUGAGUUGCUGCACAAGAUGGAAGGGCAAGUGGUUAGGCCGAAUGUAGUAAUCUACAACAUGAUUGUUGAUGGUUUGUGCAAAGAUGGACUUGUAACUGAGGCGAGGGAUUUAUAUUCGGAUGUUGUUGGCCGGGGAAUAGACCCUGAUGUUUUUACUUACACUUGUCUAAUUCAUGGUUUUUGUGGUUUGGGGCAGUGGAGAGAAGUUACUCGGUUGUUGUGUGAUAUGGUUGAUAGAAACGUCAACCUGAAUGUUUAUACCUACAAUAUAUUAAUUGAUGCAUUAUGUAAAAAAGGAAUGCUUGGAAAAGCUCAUGAUAUGCGUAAUUUGAUGAUUGAAAGAGGUCAGCGACCAGAUUUAGUUACUUUUAACACUUUGAUGAGUGGAUAUUGCUUAUACAAUGAUGUGGUUGAGGCGAGAAAAUUAUUUGAUACAUUUGCUGAAUGUGGUAUUACGCCUGACGUCUGGAGUUAUAACAUCCUUAUUAUUGGGUAUUGCAAAAAUAAUAGGAUUGAUGAAGCAUUGAGCCUCUUCAAUAAAAUGAAUUACAAAAAGUUGGCUCCUAAUAUUGUAACUUACAGUUCUCUUAUUGAUGGUUUGUGCAAAUCUGGGAGAAUUUCUUAUGCGUGGGAACUUUUUAGUGCAAUUCAUGAUGGUGGUCCGUCCCCUAAUGUUAUCACUUACAAUAUCAUGUUAGAUGCUCUUUGUAAAAUCCAACUUGUCGACAAGGCAAUUGAAUUAUUUAAUCUAAUGUUUGAAAGGGGACUGACUCCAAAUGUUUCUAGUUAUAACAUCUUGAUUAAUGGGUAUUGCAAGAGCAAGAGGAUUGAUGAAGCCAUGAACCUUUUCGAAGAAAUGCAUCGCAGAAAUUUGGUUCCUGACUCUGUAACUUAUAAUUGUCUCAUUGAUGGCCUGUGCAAGUCUGGGAGAAUCUCUCAUGCAUGGGAGCUUUUCAAUGUGAUGCAUGAUGGUGGUCCGCCGGUUGAUGUUAUCACUUAUAAUAUCUUAUUCGAUGCUUUUUCCAAAAUACAACAUGUCAUCUAGGCAAUUGAUUUUUAAACCUAAUGUUUGAAAGGGGAUUGGCUUCUUAUGGUUUUAGUCAUUGCAUCUUGAUUGAUGAAUUUUGCCCGGGUAAAAGGAUGAAAGAAGCCAUGGAUCUCUUCAGAGAUUUGUCUUGCAACAGUUUGAUUCUUGAUACUGUAAACUCAUAUUUCUGCUAUUAAUGGCUCAGGAAUCCAGGAGAAUCUCAUCUAAAUGGGAGCUUAUUGAUGAUAUACAUGAUAAUGGAUGGCCAUCUAUCACUCACGAUUUACUAUAUCUAAAGAUGGGUUUGGCUGAAUGCUUAGCAAAUGCAUUGUUGCAGCUUUAAUAUGGGUUUAAGUGUUGAACCCCAUGGAAAAUGUGUUGUUGCAUUUAGCCUUGCAUGGCCAUCUCCAAAAGUAAAUUUUGUGAAAGGUAGCACUUUCUGGAGGAGAUAUGGUGCAUACCUUAUUAGGUUUGGAAUUCUAAACAUAUUACAAUAGGUUGGAAGAAGAGAUCGAGAAAUGGCAGAAUCUGUUCUUAAGGAUGAGACACUACCAGAAUGGUUCUCCUUUGCUAUCUUCGAAUAUGCUGAAUGACCAAGAUCAGUUAAGGGAGUUGGAAAAUGCAGUUGUCAAAGAAACUGAAGCUAAAAUGAACUACAGAAAAAGGGUAGUUGUUGAGCAUACAAAUGAUAACAGAUAGUAUGGAAGGACCUGAACCCAGAAUUUGUUCUCCAGUAAUAUAUUUUUGUAAAAUCCUGAGCUGGGGGUAAUUGUAAUUCUACUGUUUUAAUAACUUCUUAUUCUGGUUUCCUUGUUUAAAAAAGAAAACAUAAAGUUGAGAUUCGACCACGAGGGUUGAAAAUUUAGACACGAUUUUUCUGUAUUGAAUUUACUUUCUUUCUUAUUUCUACCUGCUGGUAGAUGUGUUGAUUUCAUUGUUCAAUGUAAAUGUAAUGUUAGAGUACUUAACAUGGACAACAAUUGCUAAUAUUAUCCAACACUGGGAUCAGAAGAAAA